CUGGCAUGUAUAAGGCAAGUGGCUGGCAACACAACAUUAAACAUCGUUAAAAAAAUUAAUGGCCGCCUAGCAAUUGAAGCGGGUGAUCGACGCGCAUUUCGUAUAAAACAAUUUAUCAUUCAGUUUUACUUCGACGAGAUUUAUUUUUAAACAGAUUGUGUUAUUUAAAGUUUGGUGUGGUAUUUUAUUCGGGACAAUGUUGGGUUCCGGAGAUAGCAGCUAUAUCAUUAAGUUACGCGGCUUGCCUUUCUCCACCACCGUAGAAGAUGUCCUCGAUUUUCUCCGGGGCGUCAACGUAUGUAAUGGCAAAGAAGGUGUCCACUUGACUGAGGUGCGACCCGGUCGUCCAUCAGGGGAAUGUUUUGUAGAAGUAGAGAGCCAGCAAGAUGUGGAGGAAGCUCUCAAGAAGGAUAAAGAUAACAUGGGCAAGAGAUACAUUGAGAUCUUUUCCACCGAUCGUCAAGAUAUGGAAUGGGCUAUAAAUGCUAUGCGUCAAUCCGAAAAUGGUGGCUUUGAUGGUAUACCCAAUGUAUCUGAUGAUAUGGGUAUUGUCAAGCUGCGAGGUUUGCCUUUUGGCUGCAAUAAGGAAGAAAUCAUCCAGUUCUUUGACGGGCUGACGGUCGCCACGGAUGGGGUCCACUUGCUCUCCGACGUCACGGGGCGGGCCUCAGGAGAGGCGUUCGUACACUUCGUAGACAAGGAGAGCGCACAAGAGGCUCUCAACAGGGACAGGGAGAAAAUAGGACACAGGUACAUAGAAGUAUUCCUGAGUUCAGCAGACGAGGUUCGUGCUUAUACUGCUCGUGUUGAGAGUGGUUUCCGUGGGUCAAGAGGUUACAGACCGACCCCAUAUGACAGGAACGACAGAUUUUCUGGAAGAUUCGGCAAUAGGGGACGAGGUUCUUUUGGAGGCGGUUAUGGCGGCGGUGGCCGUGGCGGAUUCCGUCGUGGUGGCAGUGGAUGUCACUGUGUACACAUGCGCGGUCUGCCCUUCAAAGCUACUCCACAAGAUAUUGCCUAUUUCUUCAAGCCGAUCCGUCCCAUGAACAUCAACAUUCUGUAUGACAACAGUGGUCGGCCUUCUGGCGAGGCUGAUGUCGAGUUCGAGUGUCACGAGGAUGCUAUGAGGGCAAUGAGACGCGACAAGAAUAACAUGGAUCACCGCUACGUCGAGCUGUUCUUGAACUCCUCGCCCAGUGGUGGCGGCGGCGGUGGCGGCUUCAAACCCAACAGGAACUUUAGAAACAACUAUUGAGUACCACGGGCCACGGUAAGCGAGUAGCUGGGGAAAUGCUGAACUUACACCAACAUCAUUGGUUCACCACACAUAUCAAUGUCAAUACAUCCACAUUAAUUAG